AUGCGGACAUCGUUGAACAUCGUCGGCUCCCCGCCCAUGUUCCGAGGCACCAUGCAGACCGGGCGCGACAUCGAGCUCGAGAUCCUCCGCCACUUUCACGGCAUCGCCAUGUUCAUCGAGAAGGCGGCUGUGAACAGGCCUAGCAGUGAGAUCGAUGAGGCGUUCUGGCUUCAAACUGGAGGUCUGCCAGAAGAUGCAGAUCACCACGAUGACAUAGAGGCAACAACCUGGCACACCAACUAUUGCCCGGAUGCUGGUGUGGACCUGGUCUUCAAUUCCAUGUACACUCCCAAGGAGACGGACCGCACGGACUCGCUCGACAAGGCGAAGAAGUACGUCAACGCCUCGGCCACGCCACUUUUCUACACGCUUGACUUGGUUCACGAACUCUACUACCGUCAUGGCUUCGACAAGGUGUCGGGCAACAUCCAGCAGCACAAUUUCGGCCAUGGCGGUGAGGAGAGUGAUGCUGUCAUCAUCAACACGUGGGACGGCAGCGGAUAUAACAAUGCCAACUUCCCUACACCACCUGAUGGUCAGAACGGACGCUGCAGGAUGUAA